GGACUUGCCAUUUUAACUAGUAACAGUUGAACAUAUCGACGACGUUACUUCUACGAUGAAAUGGUCAUCAAUUGCCGCUGAGGUGCGGGCCAUGAUCCUUGGCGCACUGAUCAAGGAACAAAACAUCGCUCACUGUGCGGCUGUGUGUCGGGAAUGGCAAGCGCAUAUCGAGAAACAGACGUUCCAUUCACUUACACUUACUGUCGAAGACGUUCCGGAAUUAAAGAAAAUUUCACCCCGAAGCCUAGCUCACAUUAGACAUAUUUGGUUCUGCAUCAAGCUUCUGGAAUGCCACUUCCCAGAUGGCGACAGCUAUGAGACGGAAGAGAUGAUGGAAUAUAACCGGAAGACCGUUCAAGUUGGUGUCGAAUCGAUAUUCGGCGCUCUUCUCAAACGUCCUAUUGAUGGAGAUUUGAAGCUGGACCUCAGUGUCUACUCUCCUUCCGAUUCCCAACAUCAUUUGAAAUACGUACGUUUUGAGCCUGCCGGUUUCCCAAACAUCAGCACCAUCUCCCAAGAACUGUCCAGGCCUUCUGGACCGCAACCUGACUCCUGUCGAGUUGGAAAUUCUCCGGUCAUCUCAAUCGAAUCCGUUGACCAAAUCUUCCCCGAUAUUUCAUUUUCAGAUAACGACCAUUUCUGGGCUAGAACACAGGUCCCUUGUGUUACUCAUCUGUCGCUGCGGCGGCAGACACGUCGACGAUGGGAUCCUGUUGCGGUUAGUCAACUCAUUGCCCGGCUUCCGAACCUACAAAAUGUCUGCUUUGAGACAUGGAGAGAAUGGAGUCGAUGGUUACAGCACUGUCCAGACAUCCGACUGGAAAGACUAUUCAAAUCGCUCAUCUCCGCCGACUUGAAGAGAGUGUCUAUUUUCGAAGACCUGAAUGAGACAUAUGUCUCUCCUGGUACAGCCUAUAUCUCAGCAUCUCCCGACGCACAAGUCAUUCGAACAGCAAAUACCCGAGUCAUCGGUGCACUUGCCAAAGCCAGCCUUACGCUUGAGCAGUUUUCUGCAGCUUUCAUGGUUGAUGCAGACCGGUUCUGGGAUGCAUGCCGACCAGACUGGACGUGGCGACGACUCUCAUCGCUCUCGCUCACAUCCCGUGACCUGGUGCCAGACGCUUCGCCAAAGCGUAUCAACGACCUGCUGCAUUCAGCAGCACAGGCAGCUAAGAGAAUGCCAAAGCUUCAAACAAUGGAAAUGUGGAACGGAUCACCAGGGUACGCUUCUGUAUUCAGGUACAGAAGCGUCAAGGCUAGAAGACCCUCUGACAUUACCUGGCGAGGUAGUUGGGAGCUGACUUUGGAAGUCAGAGUGGUGAAGGCAUGGGGAACGAUUUCUGUGAAUGAUAAUAUCCAGGUUGUCAACGAGAUGAUACCAUGUUCGCAAUUUAUUCGAUCGCAUGGGGAUGUCAUUCGGGUUCUGCAGCUUGAACAUCCUGUAGCUUGCUCGGCGUGGAUUCUUCAAGGUGCUGCUCCUAGUUGUUAGUGGCACAAAUAGUCUGCGGAUUACUGCCCUCAAAGCAGUUCAUUUGCGCGCAUUGUUUGGACGAUUGAGACGGUAUAACAUAUUGUUAAUGUGCCUAGUGUCCAUCUGUCU